AAAUCCAUCAUGGCGUCGACUCUGCUUGCCGAACCACCAACUGGUGGUUUUUCAUUCGAAAACUGUCGUCGGAACCAAAUGUUUGAAGAAAAGGGAAUAAAAGCCCCUACUGCUUACAAGACAGGAACAACAAUUGUUGGCAUUAUUUAUAAGGAUGGUGUAGUGCUUGGAGCUGACACGAGAGCCACAGAAGACACUGUUGUGGCAGACAAAAACUGCAGCAAGAUUCACUAUAUUGCUGAUAAUAUAUAUUGCUGUGGAGCUGGGACAGCGGCAGACACAGAAAUGACCACUCAGAUAAUAUCAUCUCAACUGGAACUUCACCGACUUAACACAGGACGGAAGCCUCGAGUCUGUACAGCUAACAGACUCCUUAAACAGAUGCUAUUUAGGUACCAAGGCCAUAUUAGUGCUGCUUUGGUUCUGGGAGGUGUGGAUUCUACAGGUCCACAUCUGUACAGUGUGUAUCCUCAUGGGUCUACAGACAAACUUCCUUAUGUAACAAUGGGUUCAGGAUCAUUAGCAGCAAUGUCAGUUUUUGAGAGGGGAUUCAAACCAAACAUGGAGAAAGAGGAAGCCAAAAAGCUUGUUAGAGAUGCAAUAGCAGCUGGUAUAUUUAAUGAUUUGGGCUCAGGAAGUAAUGUGGAUGUCUGCGUUAUAACUAAAGACAAAGUGGAAUAUUUACGACCCUAUGACGAGGCUAACCUUAAAGGACAGAGGCAAGGAUCCUAUAGAUACAAGAAAGGAACAACUGCAGUGCUGAAAACAGAGGUCAAGAAAAUUCCUUUUGACAUUGUCAAGACAACAGUAAAGGCGGCAGAACCAAUGGAAACUGUCUAAGAGAGGACAACUUCUUUUUUUUGAAUAACUAUGAUGAACUAACUCUAAAGACCAAAAUGAAUCCUACUAGAAGUGUUUUUCUGUUACAACUGUAUAUCUUUCAAUUCAGAGGAUCUUUUGCCAUGAACAAUAGCAGAUUAACACACUGUAUAUCUUUGUAAUAAAACAAACACAUCAGUUGA